AUGUACUACACAAUUGCGCUACACACUUUGAUGGCCGCAUUUAUCGUUAGUGACGGGCUCAAAUGUUAUGUGGGCUCAAAAGGUUUCAUCAAUGGUGCGUUGAACGCGAAUUUUGUGGAGAAUUCCUGUGAAGAGGGCAUGAAACACUGCUUUGACUCGUAUUCGGACGACCUUACGGAAAUCACCGCGUCAUGUCAAACACCGAACACCGAACAAAAAUUGUUGGAUGUUUGUAAGAUUGGUUGUCAAAACCACACGGAUCUGAACGUAACCGUGUGCUGCUGUGAUUCGGAUCUUUGCAAUCUACCAAAUUCGGAAAAACCAACCGGCAAGCCACCUUCCGGCGAACAACGACUAUACUAUAGAAGAGGAGAGAUAAAGUUGACCAAAUCGCUGUAG